AUGCUUCAAAACUGGAUGAAGACAUCCUUAACGAUUGCUGGGGACGAAGAAGCGUCAGAACUUGACAUUGUCAGCGAAGUCGAGGAAGCUGGAAGAAUAAGUUCUGAAGCAAAGUCGAUGGCGAGGAAGCUUCGCCAAAAGAUUGACGGCAAUUGCGCUUCGGAAAAUAGAAUGAACAGUUCGUUAAGGUCUGACGGAGGAGCGUCGGUGACCAAUAGAACAGUUUGCGCAAAAUUGCCAAAGCUGCACGUUAAACGGUUCAAUGGAAAUGUUUGCGAAUGGCAGGAGUUUUGGGAUUCCUUCGAAAGCGCCAUUCACGGAAAUGGAAGUUUGUCCGACGUUGACAAAUUCAAUUAUCUUCGGGGACUCUUAGGCGAACCAGCGAAGUCAUGUAUCGCGGGAUAUUCUUUGACUUCGGCGAACUACAACGCUGCAAUAGACGCGUUGAAGGAACGCUAUGGGAAGCCAGAAUCGGUCCAACGAGCGCACAUGCAAAACUUUUGA